UUCAGAAGCUUGACCUUUUCAGGUGCCAGUCAAGAUGCUACAAGUCCCCCAUUCAAGCCACCCCAGUUACCUCAACAUGUUGAUCCUUUUCCACUUUUUAUGGAGGAGGAAGUGCAGUCUAUCCUGAACACCAUCACGGGAAUCAGUCUGAGGAAAACUGCAGAACUACAACCUGCUCUGGAACCAAAUAAACCUGUGUUCAAAGUCGUCCCAGACAAAGAACUCAGAAGAUUACAAGCAGAGGCUUUCAAAAAAGAGAGGAUCAAAAUUGAGCAGAGGCCGCCAUUUAUGAAUCCUAGGAAAGAAAUAGACGUUGAGCUGGCCAGGAAUCCAGAGAUAGCUCCUGUGAUGACUCAUAACUUACUAUUUAUAGAUACCUCAGCCUACACACGAUCAGAAAAAUCAAAUAAGGACAAGUUAAUAGUAGUGAGGGACACUGAGGGGACUCUUAGGGAGGCCCGGCACAGGGAGAGAGAGAGGGCCAUACAGAUUGCUUUCCCAGCUGAGAGCAGGACAAUGUUUCCAUCAAAUUUUUUUAAACCAGAAAGCAUAGAG